AUGGCUUGGUUUCUCUCGCGACUCGAGCGGCAGGCCCUUGCAGGCUUUGCUGUGUGCGUCGUGGUCACAGCUGUUUUGCAUGAGGUGAUGCAGCUCCGAGAUCUGGCGACAUCCAUCCAGACGCAAUUGUUGGAGGAUCACUAUUCCACUCUGGGCGUGGCCGCGGAUGCCAGCCAAGCAGAGAUCACCACGGCUUAUCGGCGUGCAACGAACAAGAUCAGCUCAAAGCAGCAAGCGGACCAAAGCCGGGCAAAGCUCAGCGCGGCCUACGAGACCUUGUCCGGUUCAGCGCGUCCGGCCUACGACAAGCGCAGGCAGUUCGUGAUGCUGGCGAGCUUCAUCCUGAUUGCGGCCUUGGUCAGUGUGCCUGCCGUGUUUCUGGCUUACUUCUGUGCUCGGGUCUUGGCGCGAGUGCGUGCACGAGAUCCAGAUCCUCAAAGCUUCACGGGGCGAGUCAAUCAGAGUCUUCAGAGCAUGGAGCGGUCCUUCGAGGUGAAGAUCGCCAAGGACCAAGACGUGCGCCUGGGAGCCCAGCUCAUGCCCGUCGACAACGGAAAAAGGCUACAAGUCUGCAAUAUCGUGGAUGAAGGUCUCAUUCAUCAGCACAACUCGAAGGUGCUGGAAGAGAGCGCAGGUUGUGACGACGUUGGCAUCUCGCCAGCCGGAAUGGUUUGGUGGCACCUGCCCUUGCUUCGAGAAGGUGACAUCAUCGAGUCGGUCAACGAGAAGAGGGGUGCCACUGACAUGAUGAACGAGCUGAAGUCUGGCGAGGAGUGGCUCUCUCUCAGCAUACGCCGACGUCUCGUUGGUGGAGCUUCGGUGCUUCCCUUCCUCUUUGAGCAGAAGCUGACCCGCCGUGAGAACGAAAGGUGGGGCUGCGAGCUGGUAGCCCCUCCUGACGAGAGCGACAGCCUGGAGGUUGCUGGUGAGAUCCUGGAAACCUUGGGCGAGGCAAGUCCAGGGACCGUGCUUCGCCCAGGGGAUCGUAUCGUGUCCGUCGAUUCAGUGGUGGGUUCCAAGAUGCUGGACACCUUGCGUGACAGCUCCCUUCUGUCACUGAGUCUCCUCGUCGUUCGAGGGGUGCUGAUGCCGCCAGGGCUGAUCCAAGCCUCGCCGAAGGAGGUGUCUUGUGGGCCAUUGCAGAAAAGCGACGGACAAAAACUUGGCAUUCGCAUCGGGCAUUGCUUUGAAAGCCCUCCUGCGCACGGGAUUCUUCUGGGACCUGGCUGUGCGAGCUCCAUGGUCGUCAAGGAGGUCGUCCCGGGUCAUCUGGUUGACCAGUGGAAUGUCCAGCAGGCGAGCUCCGACGCGCUGCUUCCCAGCUGCGUCAUUGUGGCAGUCAACGGCCGCCGAAAGUCCCAAGAGUUCGCCACGGAGCUUGCAAAGCCUGUCGUCACUAUCGUGUUCCGUCCAUUGCUGGCUGAGCUCGUCAAGCGGCCGGAAGUUCAGGUCAAGGAGCCGAGUUGUGAAAGCACGGACAGCCGGCGGACCCGUCACGUGAGACCACUGCACCUCAACAUCGACGAGGAGGCUCUUCGGCCAUGGCCUGCGCGAGUCCUGCAUGGCUGGGCCCCGCGCUGGCUGCUUCCUUCUCCCUUUGAGGAGCGCCUGCGGAAUCAGCUGCGUCUUCUGCAUUGCGAGUUCACUGUCCGCAUCGAGAGACCAGACGAAUCAAGGCGAUUGGGCCUGCACCUCCAGGGCGACCGUGGAGGCCUGCAGGUGCUGGAGGUUGCUGACGGUGGUCUGGUGGCACAGCACAACGUACGGUUAGCGAGUCGCAGUUCCUCCGAAAUGGACGUCCGCCGUGGUGACCGGUUGGUUGCUGUUGGCAGCACCACCUCACCUGGCGCAAUGAUGGAUCAACUUGCAAAACAAGGGCAGGAUGAUCUGGAGCUCCGAUUCUCACGUCCGGCGGCGAAAUCCGCUCCUGGGGUGUGGGAGAUCGACAUAAUCAGGAGUGAGAAUCAAGGUUGGGGUCUGGAGUUGUCUGAAGUUAUGAUGACCACCCCAGCUGGGCCCCGAAGUGCAGGCGCCCUCAGAGUGCAGCGUGUCGCUGAGGAGGCCGCGCUCGGACAGUGGAACAGCAGCCAAGAUGCGCAGUGGUGCGUGGAACCUGGAGACCUGCUUGUCGCCUGUGAGCCGGAGGUGGAGCCGAAGCAGAUCCUCCGGAGGCUUCGCGGGGCUCAAGAAGUCCGGUUGACGUUUCUGAGAUGGCACAAAGGCGCUGCCCCGGAGCCGGAGGAGGCCCUGCCCUCCGAGCCUGAAAGACGCCGCUUCGAGGUCGUGAUAUCCAGGACCGGCGAAGAUCGCUUGGGCCUGCGCUUGCGACCGUGCACGCGCGAUCCCACGCGCACCGUGGUGUCGGAGGUGGUGCCGGACAGCUUGGUUGACAGGCACAACAAGGCAAUGCCGGAGAACCGGAUCUUGCGGGGCGACGAGGUCGACUCCGUCAACGGAGAAGGUGAUCCGGCUCGCUUUCCCGACUGCUGCUCACAGUCGAGGAUCGUUUUCAGGCUGACGCGCCGCUCCCGGCAGAACGCAGGUGCCGAGGAAGAAGCCGAGCCUGCGGAGCCUGCGGAGCCUGUGGAGCCUGCGGAGCCCGCAGAGGAGCGGACGGAGGCGAGCCAGAGGCUUCCUGAAUCCCUGGGCUCGUUCCCGCCCUCAGAGCACUCAGAGGGCCAGGGCCAGGGCCAGGGCCAGGACCGCGAGGACCGCGAAGGCGAAGGCGGCGAAGGCGAGGACCCAGGAGCCGAAGCUGAGAUGCCCGACAAGCCCGAAGAGUUCGCGGAGGUCUCCCAACCGACGGAUUCGGCUUGGUGCGCAGAGCCAGGAUCAGUUGCAUCGGCCCAAAAGCCACCACCAGAAGCAGACAGCAGGCUGGAGACUUCCGCAGACCUCACCGGUGAGCAACCUCCACCACCCAGAGAGGCAACGCGCACGCCAUGCAGAGAAGUGGCAACGAAGGAGCUUUCUUCUUUGCUGCUGAUGCCCGCGAAAGCGGCGGUCCUGGCGUCCCUGGCCAGCGGCCUCGACGCGGCCUCGCGCCGGCACCUCGAGGCUUCCCUGGACCGCUUGCAGGAACUCUCGAUCUCCAUGGGAGGACUGGCUGACGGCGAGAGCUCAAAACGGCUGGUCGACAUGUACUACGACUUCGAUUGGAAAGAUGCACCGCUGUCCUCCCAUAGCACUCCAGUCAUCGCCGGUUGCCUCUAUUUGCUGAUGGUCCUACUGUUGCCUCGAUGCGUGCCGGAAGGCGGCUUCAAGCUGGACAAGACGCUGGUGGUGCACAACUUCAUCCUCAGCUUCAUGUCCUUGGUCCUCUGCCUUGGAUGUGCUUUUGAGAUGGUGCAGAGGGUGAGGAGCGAGAGCAGCGUGGAAUGGAUGUUCUGUGAAAAUAGAUCGAUGUCCGCGCGAGGCCCGCUUUAUUUCUGGUCCUGGGCCUUUUAUGCCAGCAAGUACUAUGAGCUUGUGGAUACUCUGCUGGCCUUGCUGCGGGCCUCCAGGCCGCCGCACUUUGGCUUGCACGUGUACCACCAUGCCCUCGUUCCGGUCAUGGUCUGGCACUGGCUCGAGUACUGCACUACUCUCCAGCACAUAGGACUGCUCUGGAACACCUUCGUGCAUGUAGUUAUGUAUGCCUACUACGCUCUGAAGGUUCUGAAGGUGCCGACGCCCUGGAAGAGUUGGGUAACACGCUUGCAGAUCAUUCAGUUCGUGACCAGCAUGGCUGCCUUCGCGCCGGCCAUGUACUACAUGUGGGAGCGCAGAGUCGCCACUCGGAGAUGCCUGUGCUGGGCAGAGAUCAUUUCUGGCCGCAGCCGCAGAGUUUUGGAGCGGUCUCAAGGGAGCCAGAACCGGCUGCAGGUGAACCUGGCUUUCAACCUCACGCUGCUGUGGCAGUUUGUUGGAGUGCUUUAUACCCCUGCCGGGAGCCAAAGUUUCGCAAGACCCGAGUCAGCCAUGGGCAGUUUCAAGGUCCAGAUGCGCGGCGCUCUGAGCAGUUCUGCAGACAGCGAGGUGACAACAGAUGCAACCUUCAGGUACAGCAGCUUUAGCUGGCGAACUUCUGCCGGCGAAAGGUAUCCGUACGAAUACAUUGUUGCACAGCAGCCUGCUGGCGGCGGGACUGCCCGCAAUGCUCUUGUCGCUUUGGAAGAGAGCUUGCCGGGGCCUGCCAGCGGCUGGACGGUGGUUCUCAUGCCCUCGGUUUCGCUGGUUUGUAGCGGCAAAGAGGAGAUGAGACCCCUGGCCACGCUGCUCUCGCAACGCGGGCAUCGCUGCUACAUCCUGGAGUGGCCUGGAUGGACGCAGCACGUGCAGACCAACUGGGCGCUGGAGCGAUGCAAGACGGAGCACCUUGCUGAGGAAUACCAGGACUUCUGGUGUCAGGCCUUGGAACACGUCGCUCAGCGAGAGCUUGCUGAAGCCCAUGGCCAUGCGGACGAAGUGCAAGCCGAAGCGAAAGCUCGUAAGCUUUGCAUCGUUGCAGCUGGGAGCGCUUCGGUCUAUGCGCUUCGGGCUGUGAAGGCGCUACAGGACUGGCUCCCGGAGGAGAAGUCCCAGGCGCCGGAGCUACGGUACGACUCCUUGGUGAUGCUCGCUCCAAGCUGGAGGGCAGAGCGGCGGCAAGGCUUUCUUUCCCGGCUGCCGCCGGAUCGUGCCGCCUACUGGAUGGGCGCUCUGCUUCACACCGACUCCCGGGUGGGCCGCAUCUUUCGACGGUCGUACUUUGGGAAGAAGAAUCUUCAGCGCCAUUUCCUCCAUGCGGGCGCACCGGAUGGAAACGAGGAACGGCUGUUGCAGCUGGCCUCCUGGUUCUUUCAGAGGCCGCGACCCUAUGCGCAAACUGAUGCGGCCAUGGCAUAUGGAUUCUUGGACCCUCCUGGCAUCGAGUCCGUCGAUGGUCUCGCCACCGAGAUCAUCACGCAGCCUUUCAGGAGUCGUGUUCUGCUCCUCAGCCCAGAGUCCCAAAGUGGAGCUCAGUCGCUGUGGUCAGCAGUGGAGGCCCGGGCCGGGGGCACUCCGUCCUCUGUGGAGCGUCGUUUCAUUCCCUCCAAGUCGCCGCUGCCGCAUGAAGUGGCCACUUCCGCAGUGCAAUUCGCUGUGGACCAGUGGCUGCAGGAAAACGCCGAUGCAGACACUGCGACCCCGUCGCCAUGA